CUCAACCCGAACUCAUCACGCUCGACUUGUCUGUAAAAGAAAGUCUUGUAUUACAGUUCAACAGCUGUUUCUUCUUGAAUAUCGACUAGCCGUAAAGGAAAGUCUUAUCUACUCUCGCAGCGCCUCGACUUGAGCUCUUCUGUAAAAGAAACCUCUCUCAGCUCAUCGACCGUUGUCUUAUCAGACAUUUGCCAGAUCACAGCGAAUACUGCCGCUUCUGUCAACGCGACAUCAGACAACCCUCGAUACCACCGAGUACCUGUCUCACCAACACUCACAAAAUGCUUUACUUCAAGUACCACGUCACCGUCGACUCGAUUAUGAACUCGGACUCAUCUCUAGAGCCCGGCACUCCAGACACCACAACCUCUUCCGAAGGCUCCAACACAACCACUUCAACCCUGAGCCCUUGCACCAAGGAGAUUGAAGCCUUGAACCACGAAAUCGACCAAAAGGUCGACAGAACGGAGAGAGAAGAAAGAGACUACACAGCCUGGCUCCACACCACAGCCGAAAAAGUCCACUCCCUCGAAAGCCGUCUCUCAAAACUCAGCGACGGUGCAAAGAAACGCUUCAGAUCCGUCACGGGCAGAAUCUCCCUCUGCAGCCAUGACAGACAUGAAGCCAUCUUCUGCAAACAACAAGAAGUCAAAGCUUUGCGAAGACACCUCGCUGAUCUCCUCGUUCUAAACGGCAACAACGAACAAACGUUAGUAGAUGAUGUUGAUGCCGAAGAUUGGAAACCAAACACUAAUCGGGAAUUGGCAGCUGCUCUCAAUCCACGUCUCGUCACCACAACGCCCACGGCUGAUGAAGCUUGGUACUCUGAAGCUUAUCCAAAGUAUGAAGAGGGACGGAAGAAUGGCAGGAUGAGUAAGGAUGUUCCUGUCGCUUGUCCACAACUCAUCUUCACGAGCGAUAGUGGAGAUGGUCCAAAGGAGGAAGAAUGGACUGAGGAAAUUGCAUACUCAAAGUACUUCAAGUUGGUCAAUCACAUCUAUGAUUGGAUGGAUGAGUGUGAUGAAAAGUCUUAAUCUCGUGUUAUCGACUACUAGAAGGGGAAUGGUGAGUUGAUCUCGUGCUAUCAACACUAGAAGGUAGAUGGUAUGUUAAUCUCGUGUCAUCAACUGAUUUGUGGAGGAGGAGGAUGUCUUGAUCAUGACUUGCGAUUUUUCCUCUCUGAUGUUCUGAGUUCUCUGAGGUUUUUUUCUUCGCAGUCAAUCACGGUGGUUGUUGGGAUAGAAAA